CACACACAGUCGUUGUUUCCGUUUCCGUGUGCGCCACAAUUGACUUUGGCGCGUUGUUCAAAACAGACCGCGGGUGAAGGGAGAGCUUUGCCGCGAUUAUUUUGCUCCCCUGUUUUCAUACAAAAUCAAAACCAGAAUCGGAUUUAUUUGACCUGGUCAUUUGAAGAUGUUAUCCCGAAAAAGAAAACAUGACUCUCCUGAUACCCGGAGUAGCCCAUCCAAAAAACAAAUUACAAGCGAGAGAAAGUCUCCAAGAAGGACCACUGGACAAAAAGAGAACAUUCCCAUCUCACUGGCAUCCCCCCAAAAGAUCCUCAGCACACCUAAGAAGAAGCAGAGGAACUCUUCACUGGAAUCUCCUCCAAAGCGGAUCUCUCCACGCAAAACAAUUUUGGGAGCGGGAUCCUUCUACAGCAAGCAGAAACCUCUUUAUCUCACACCUCUGGAAAGGAAGCUGUUAAAGGAAACCAAGUCACCACCGUCAGUCCCUAUCAAAGAACCAUCACACCUCCCUUUGAAUCCUGUUAAAAAACCAGUGAAGAAGGUUCAAAAGAAAGGCACUGCAGCAGGUCCACAGUCUAACCUAAAGGGCUACUUUACUGCUAAACCCAAAGGGAAAACUCCCUCAGACACGCAAACAGAUCAGUUGUUGAAGCCCUUGGUGGCUCCAGUUUCAUUUAGCAGUAUGAAAUCCAAGAGUAAACCCAAGCUGCUUGUAGGAGCAGCUUUCUUCAGCACUGGAAAAAAGCCCACUUCAAUGUUCAAAAGGUCUGCACAGAACACAAAGCCUAAACAACCCUCAACCUAUGAGAAACCCAACUCUCAGAAACCUGUGAAGGAGAAGGAAGCACUGACAGCACCAGGAGAACGUUCCCCAGUCCGCCAUGCCGUCUUCUUAAAAAAACACCCAAAAGCAGAAACCACAGCCACAGGUACCACUGAUGAAGAUGGGGAGGGCUGUGAAUCAACGCAAGUGAUGUUGAGCCCUAAACAGAUGUCCCCUCACAUCCUGGCAGAUCUGCACGGUAUUACCAAAGAGUUAAAGGUGGUUUUGAGGAGAUCCAUUAGUCCCAGUGGAUCCAGUGAAGCUGGUAGCCAGGUCUUGCCCGCAAAAACGGAUUCAGUGUUUGAUGUGAGUGACAUACCACCACAGGAUAACAGCAGCUCUCUUGAAGAAGAGUCAUCUGUCUAUCCCAUCUUUGGCCGUAAGAGAUCUCAGAAGAAAGGGCUUUUGUCUCCACCGCUGAACACCAGCACUCCUUCCGCACUGACUGGUACUCCUGCUCUUAAAGCCAAAGAGAGGACUGCCUUGAGAAGAGAGAUGAAGAAACAGACAGAUAAUCAGCUUAUCAUUGAUGCUGGUCAGAAGCAGUUUGGUGCCACCACAUGCAGGUCCUGUGGGAUGCUGUACAGUACAGAUAGUCCUGAAGACAAUUUCCAGCACACACAGUUCCAUCAGCGCUUCUUGGACACCAUUAAAUUUGUGGGCUGGAAAAAAGAAAGGGUUGUGGCUGAGUUCUGGGAUGGAAAGAUUAUUCUCGUUCUUCCUGAUGAUCCUAAGUAUGCCACAAAAAAGGCAGAGGACGUGAGACGGAUUGCAGACAGUGAAUUGGGCUUUCAGCAGAUCACUCUCAGCAGCCCGAGCUCAGCUAAAACCUACCUGUUCGUUAACAGCGACAGGAUGGUGGUGGGAUGUCUGGUGGCCGAAAACAUUAGACAGGCUUUUCGGGUGCUGGAGCAGCAAGAGAAACCCAAAGAGAUGAACAAGGAGGAUUUCAUGGAGCACCACAGAGCCUGGUGCUGCUCUACCUUGCCGGAAAAAGCCAUCUGUGGUGUCAGUCGCAUCUGGGUUUUCAGUCUGAUGAGGAGGAAGGGAAUCGCCACUCGUCUUCUGGAGACUGUCAGGACUACUUUCAUGUACGGGAGCCACCUGACCAAAGAGGAAAUCGCCUUCUCUGACCCGACUCCUGAAGGAAAGCUGUUCGCUACAAAGUACUGCGACACACCAACAUUUCUGGUGUAUAACUUCAUCAAUUAAAGAGAAAUGUUUCUUGUAGGUUCCUGUAUAUUAGUGAAUGCUUUUGUGAGUUUUUAAUAGAU